UUGGCAGUGUAUUUCUUUUAGAUUUUUUAGACUCAAAAUGCACUUCCUAUGGAAUCAAAUCAUAUGUUUUCCUCCUUGGUGUGAUCCUUGUUUACUACACAGCACUCUCCUCUCAUGUUCAAGCUUCGAAAGUGCCCUGCAAGUCAAAGAACUUUUCUUCAAAAUAUCAGCACUGUGGGAUAAACCCAGCUGGAGUGCAUGAUUUAGAUUGUUUUGGUAAACAUCCGACAUCCUAUCGCUGUGUGUGGAAGCCUGGAAACAGCGCAUCAGAAAAUACAUACACACUGAUCAUAACACAACUCUCUUCUCCUUCUAGGAUAAGACACUGCAAAGUUUACAACACAUCGCAAACAAACAUCACUGAGGGGAUACAUUUAUAUGAAAAGUACAACAUGACCGCUGAGGUUUUUGAAAACAGCGCAUCAACCAAUUGCACAAAAUCAGUUUUCAGAGGGUCACCAAUGAGCUUGUUCCGAUGUGGGCCUCCACAUAAUGCUUCCUUCAGUCGCCACUCAGGAAAACAAGAUGUGAGUGUGAAGUGGCAAAAUGAGGAUAGAAAAGAUGUUCAGUAUUACUCUGUGAGAUAUAAAGCACUGGGUAGCCUGUCAUGGAGCAAGCCUCUCAUGCAAUCUAAAAAUGGAAAGAAAUGUACAGUGGAGAAUUUAAACUCCUCACUGGUCUACAGUGUGCAGAUACAGUGCGUCACUAAUGAUAGAUGCCCACAGUGUCCAUGGAGUGAAACUUACACUGUCCCUGCAGAACUGACUACACAGCCUGUCAUGGUCAACAUGAAAGAUACUGACAUUGCAAAGACAAAAGGCAGACGGCUGAUUUCUCUAACCUGGAAGUUUCCUGCUAAAGAACUGCAUGAUAGCUACCAUGUGAUCAUUGGGAAAGCAUCAGGAGAGGCCCCACGUCAGAGGAUGAUCACCACUGAGCCAGAAAUCAGACUGGCUCUCUCAUAUUCAGAAUAUCAUCUCAACAUCAGUGCUGUGAACAACGCUAGCACAUCCCCAGCUGUGAGCCAGACAAUACCACAGCGAGAAGACACACCAAGUACGGGAGCGGAGAAGCUGAACGUGACAGUCCACAACAAUACAUCUUUUACUAUCCACUGGAAAGAAGAUCUCAUCAAAAACUAUGUCUGCUACUCUGUGGAGUGGAUGGAGAGGGGACAUAAAGCAGGCUCCAUGUCUUUUUAUCAGGACGAACACAACCACAGGACUUUAACGUCUUUACCAGAGCCUUUGGAGCCUUAUAAGAGAUACAGCAUCACUCUGCACACACGGCCAGACAAGGACACCUGCAACAUGAAGAAGGUGAACAACAGUGAGAGCACCUAUGGGAGAACACACUUCUACUCCGUAGAAGGAUCACCACUCAGUGCUCCCACAAACCUCAGCUUCUACAAUGUAUCGCUGAAUUCAGUGGAGCUGCAGUGGUUGUCCAUCCCAGAGGACGACAUCAGAGGUUUCCUUCUGCGUUACAUAAUCUACUGGACUGAGUACCAUGGAGGGGUCACUACAGAGAGAA